AUGACAAUUCUGUGCAUCGCAAUGGGCACACCCACACCGACUAUUUCGUUAUACAUAUCUGGCCAUCUAGUGAGGCAAGAAGUGACGAGGCACAUGGUAACCGUGAUACACAAUGUGACGCGCGACAUGGACCAGAUCUCUUGCUACGCAGACAACGGUUAUGGAACACCUAUGCAGGCUUCAAGAAAGAUCAACAUAUCACAUGUACCAACUAUCCAGGCAUCUGGAAUAACAAUGGCGGCAGUAGGAGAUUCAGUCAUAUUAGAAUGCCGAGUGGAAGCACUGCCCAAACCCACGAUCGCCUUCUGGAGAGAUCCCAACGGUAGGACUCCGGUUAUAGAUGGACCAAACUACACGAUUCAACUGUUAGCUGAUCCAGAGGAUCACACCAAGUACACCAUGCGGUUAAUAAUAAAGAAGAUUACAGAAGCGGAUGAGGCUGACUACUUCUGUCAUGCAGAAAACGCAUUCGGAAAAACUUUAAGGCCGGUCUCCGUCCGACUGAGACCGACCUCACCUCACCAUAACGUCACUGAAUGUUGCAAACAGAUGAACGUAUCAUCAGCAUGCAUCGAUGCGUGCAGCUUCCACUUGGAUAUGGACAAUAUUAUGGACCGUCCCGAGUGCAUGGACGAUUUUGAUAAAAUGAUGAAAUGUGCAGCAGACGGAUCUGACCACCGCGCGUGCUGCGCGUCGUGGGGCGUGCCGCGCGGCUGCCUAGAGCUGUGCCGUGGCGGCGGUGCGUCGCGCACGUGUGCGCUGCAGCACGCGCGCCGCGCGCUCGCCUGCUUCCGCGAGGCGGGCGCGCGCCUGCCCGGCCCGCCGCGCGCCUUCCGCGCGCACCGAGCGCCCACGCCGCACGCCGUGCUGCUCAGUUGGGAGCCACCACUAAAGAAUCCACAAACGGUGUACCUGUACCGGGUGUUCUGGCGGGCGUACGGCGCGAAGGUGCCCGAGAAACUCGACACAAGUGAGACCAGCGUUGUUCUCACCGGACUUGCUGAUGACGUGCGUUACGAAUGCGUGGUGAAAGCUGCAAAUGAUGUUGGCACGUCGACACUGAGCGCGCCGAUCAUAUUCACGACGGCGGGGCAGGAGGACGGUGAGGGCGCGGGGGGUGGCGGGCGCAGCGGGCAUCGGAAGAAUUUAAGACUUAAAUCACAAGGAGGAGUGGCAUUUGAAAACCCCAGUUACCUCAGAGAAACAAAUCCUGACACCAUUAGCAACGGUACGUUGCCGAACGGAAACGCAAAUGGGCCCAACGGCAUAGCCAACAGCGUGUCAAAUAGUGCAGCGUGGCGGCAAGAGACGCUGCAGAAUGCUAGCACAGCGCGCGAGGUCGAGCCCACCUUGUACGAGGAGUUGAAGUUGGGGCAGGACGGCGCGGGCUUCAAGCGGCUGAAGCCAUAG